AUGGGGGAGGGAGCAGCUGCACCUUUAUUUCCAAAUGAAUGGGAAGGGGAGGUUCUGAAUGGCUUGAAAUGGGACGUAGCUGGAGUUGUCGCAACUGACUUUUUGGAUCCUAUUCUCCACCGCUUGCCAGACUUCGAACAGUACAGAGAGAUGGUCCACAGGCAUGCUACAAUGUUGAUUCACAUUACUCUGCUAAAAAUUGAAGUUGCUUCAAUGAAACCGUCAAUAUUGGCUGUAGGCGCCAUUGGGGCUGCAAUAAGAGGCCUUCCUAGAAUUGAGGUAAAAUGGCCGAAAGUAAAGGAACUUAUACCAUUCAUCAGUGAAAUGACCGAUAUAAAUCCGGCUAUGCUGGAACAAGGAGUAGAAAUUUUAGAGAGGUUCGUCACUACUCAGAUCAUAAGACUUGAAACCGCAAAACUACAACAAGCGGAAGACGAAGCUACUAUUGAAGCUCCUUAUGAUGGGAAGUCCCUCUGGUGA